AUGGAAGAAGGCACAAGCAGCGAAGAGCUCAGCGCCCCUGUCCCCUCGAAGACUCCCAAGGUGACGUACCAGAACAGGCGCAAGGCUGCUCAGCCAACCGCGACUGAGGAGAUGGUCCAUGCGGGCACGAAGCGUAAGGACCGCAAGAGCAUGGAAGAGGAGGUACCCAAGCCGGUGGCAAAGAGAUCGGCUCAGCCGGAGGAAGCGUCCACCACGGAGGCUCCUAUGAACAUCGACAAUACUCUCACCGCACCAUCUCCUCCGCCUCCCACUUCCCCUUCGUUGAAUUCCCUCGAGCUCGGCCACAACGUCAACCUGUCUGAGACCCCGGACCUCUCGCAGCGGGACUCCAUUCAGCCACCUUCCGAACUCAGUUCACUGGCGGAUGAAGACUCCAUCAAAGAAUUCAACGAGCCGCCGGUGCCGGCGCCUGAGCCUCCCCGACGCGUCACUCGAGGGAGUACGCGGAGAACCUCAGCCGAAGUCGUGAAGCAGGCUCGCAAAAACGAGCAGCCCACAACCUUCGACCAAUUGCCUAAGGAUAAGAAAAGGGGCAAGCUGCAUAAAGGCGGGAAGUGA